AUGUCGUCCGAUACCGCCGAGAAGAAGACUUGGACAUGGAGGGCAUUUUUCAUGGUCCUUGUGCAAGGCUUUGCGCUCUUCUCGGACGGCUACAAUGUUCAAAUCAUUGGAUAUAUGCAGAGUGUCAUGGCCGUUCUAUACCCAAAGGUCUUAACUGCUAGCAUCAAGACUAGACUGUCAAACUCGAUUCUCAUUGGAGAAGUCGUUGGCAUGAUCUUGUUCGGACUCUGCAUUGACCGAUUUGGACGAAAGAUCGGAGUCAUUGCAACGACUUGCUUCCUUGUCUUUGGUAUCGUUUUGGCCACUGCCUCGCACGGAACCUCGCUGACCGGGAUGUUCUGGAUGAUGAUUGUCUCUCGCGGCAUUGCGGGCGUUGGAGCUGGUGGAGAAUACGCUGUGUGCACCGCACAAGCACUCGAGUCUGCAGAUGGCAGUACCGCAACUCAGAAGAAGCGUGGCCUGCUCGUUGCCAUUUCCACCAAUUUUUCCAUUAUUCUUGGCUUCGUGGCAUCGAGCAUCGUUUCCAUCAUCGUCAUUGCCGCCUAUCACGGCAAAGCGAAUGAAGGAAUCUGGAGAAUCUGUUUUGGAAUCGGAAUUAUCCUGCCUCUUGGCAUUUUCCUUUUCCGCAUCUCCAUGAUUGAUUCCCGGCAAUAUGAGAGGCAUGCUAUCCAGCACAAGCUACCGUACAAAUUAGCACUCAAAAUGUACUGGCGGCCUUUGCUCGGAUGCUGCAGCGCGUGGUUUCUCUACGACUUCGUCGUUUACCCUUUCAAUCUGCUCGCUCCGACUCUUGUCAAAGGAUUCUCAAAGAAGCAGACUCUGUUGCAAAGCGUAGGUUGGAGUGCGCUUAUCAACUCAUUUGCUCUCCCUGGCGCUCUUUUUGGCGGUUGGCUCAUGGACAUCAUUGGUCGGCGACAAACGUACGCUCUCGGAUGGGCAAUUGUUUCCAUCCUGGGCUUCAUUAUUGGUGGUGCAAUGGUGCAGCUGCAGCACGUCUUUCCGCUUUUCGUCGUACUCUAUGGUUUGUUUCAGACAUUCUUGAGUGUUGGUCCCGGCGACUGUAACUUUCUCGUGUCAUCCGAAUCAUUCCCGACGCCGCUGAGAGGCCACUUUCUCGGUUUUGCGGCGGCAGUUGGAAAGGCUGGAGCAGCGAUUGGGACGACGGUGUUGAGCAGCGCCUUGAGCUCCUACGAUGACCCGGUCAAGGGACGCCAGGUUAUUUUCCUCAUUGGAAGUGCAAUCUCAGUAGUUGGUACACUGAUUGUGUGGUUUUUGAUUCCGAAUCACCCCAAAGAACUCGAGGAUCAAGACACGCGGUUCCGUGCCUACUUGGAAGAGAAUGGCUAUGAUGUUAGCCAGAUUGGCCUACCGCAAUCAAAGCCUCAGCGUGAAGUCUAG